AUGGCCUCUGAGGACUUCCAGGACUGCGCCCCAACUGCCAGCCCCGACGCCCCCAAGUACCGGGGCCUGAGCUCCCACCUGAGCGGCCCAAGCGCCUUCUCAGAUCCGCCGCCCAGGGUCGCUUUAAAGGCUCCGCCGCGAAAGCCCACGGUCACGAGCACCAGCCUCGCCCCCUUUGGAUGCCCCCAGCCCCACCGCAACACUAACCUCGCCGGCGGCGAGGUCCACCCCGGCUCCCUCACCUUCCAAAUCCGGUGGCGAGCUCCCCCGCACCCCCUGCACCCUCCGAACCCAGGCGGCCAGGUCCAUCCCAACCCCCGCACCCUCCGAACCCGUGCAGCGAGGCCCUCCGCGGGGGUCGCACCUGCUCGAGCAAUCCAGCGGCCCCAGGUGGCCAGUGCGCGGUCGGUGUCUCCAGGCGCUCCCAGCGCCCUGCGUCCCGCGCGCCCUGCAGAGGCGCCUGGGCCGCGGGCUGCGCGGGCGGAGCUGCCCGGCCGCCGGGAGGAGAGAGGCCCGGGCAAAAGUUGCCAGGGAAACUUGAGCAACUCGAGCGCGCCGGUGCCAGCCUCCUGCAUAAUUCACGGGCAGCGGCGGCGGGGCGCGGGGGCCGCUCACCUGCACCAGCCGAAUCCCCCACCCCGGCUGGGGCGCACGGUGGGCAGAGGCCCAGCACCUGGCCGGGGCUCUGCGCGACCCGGGGGCUCGGGCUCGACCCGCGACCCCCGGGCCUGCACCGGGCGCGCGGGCCCGGGCCUCCCUGAGCCCGCCGCGCUCGCCGCGCGCAACUGGAUGGGGGCUCUGGGCGCUGGUGCGGGGCCGGGUGACCGCAGCAGGGUCUCUGGGGACCCUGCGACCACAGCUCGGGUCCGCGCCCCCCGCGCGCCCCCUGGCGGCCCUGCGCCGACUCCUCCGCCGGGCAUGCGGGCCCAAGUCCCGGAGCCCGCGGGCAGCGACCUAGGGCAAGGAGACCCCGGGCGGGGGUGGAGAGUGCGCCAGAUUGCUUUGCUCCAUGGAUGGAUGGGACUGACCCUCCUGAGCUGGUUGUGGUGCUGCCACCCUCACAGACUCCUGAUGUCCACCAUGCGAAGAACAGAUGCCAGAUAUAGCCGUUCAGUGCCGGAAUGCGAGACACGCAGAGCGGAGCUGACCUGAAGCUCCUCUGCCCCACAGCCCAGAGCCUGGCCCAGCGGAGCCGCGUGGAGCCGUGGGCAACCUGCAGUCCCAUAAAUAGGAAACACAUGCCCCGGGGCGGAAAGCCACUACGAUUUCGGGGUUGUCUGUGACCGCAGCAGAAGCUGACUAAUACACUCAGAAUGUGAACAGGCCUUGAGCCCUGGCCUCAUGCCAGACUUAUAUUCAACUUCAGCAUUAAGUAACGUAUAUCUGUUAAUGCAGAACGAUGUUGCCAAGAUGUUGUAGAUUGAAAAGCGGCUAGUUUGAAAAUACGGUUGCUACUGUGUAUUUAUUCGUCACUUCACGUGCACACAUACGUGUGUGAAUACAUAAAAAGUCAGCUGUGAAAAUACAUACUAGAAAAUUAACGAUAUUUGCCUCAAUAUUGGGAAUUAUAGGUGAUUCUUCACAAAUCAUGUUUUGCAUUCUUUCUAAAUUGUAAAAUUAUUAUACAGAUGGUAAAAAAACAAAAACAAAACAAAACAAAACAAACAUUCUAAGAGGGAUAUCCAAUGAAAAAAAGUAAGCUGUUCUCCUGCUCUGACCCCUGGUCUCACUUAUCAGAGAGAACACUUUCUUGGUGUCGUUCUAGAAGUGUUCCCCCAUAGCCAUAUUUUCAAAUGACUCUGAUUCACCAAUUAGCCAAAAAACUAAAGUUUAGCCAGUCUCUGAGUAAACAGACGCAAGGAUCUAAAACAAUCUAUCCAGGGCUAAUUCUUAAUGUACUAUGCAGAACUAAUCUGUUUCUCAUUAAAAUUAUGGAUUAAAUUUUAAUCCCCACAUUUCUACAAAUAAGAAAAAUAGAGUCUUUGUACCCUUAUUUGUUUACUUAGUCGAAAGCUUUGAAAAAAAGAGACCUCACUUGAAUGUAAGAAUUCGGGAUUAUCUAUUAUGUGAUUAGAUCAAUUUUUAAAUCUUUGUUAAAGGACUUUAAAGAAAGGAAAAUAUUUCAUAAAAUCUCAUUGGCUCUCCUGCACUUCCAGGCGUACCCUGUAAAUUAAAAAAAAUCUUCCAUUUUAGUGGAAUUAGCGGUUAAGAUCAGAAGCCGCGUGAAUGGAAAGAAAAUAAAUUGACACAUUAAGUUCUCUGGAA